AAACCAGUAUCAUGUCUCAGAUUAGAUUGCGAUAAACCUUUAUCAACGACAGCCGAAGCGUGUUGAGUAUACGUUAUUUUCGCGUUUUGUCCGAUGAUGACGCGUAAUCGUUGUCAACAGCUGUCUUGCUUAUAACGCCGAAUGCGAUACACUGUGUCAUUAAGCAACCUGAACACGAACGCUGUCGUUUUUACUGUCAAUGUGGCUUAAGCGUCAGAUCUGACAUGUUCUGGCGUCGCAUAUGAGACCGAUGUUUGGAAAUUUGCAGCGUUUGGCAUUCGGCCUCUCGAGCGUAGGAUUUAUUCGACACGUCAGUGUAAAUCUGAGAAUUAAUAAAAGAUUAUAAAACCGAGGGGAGACACAACCCCAAUCGCACAUAGUCUGAAACGUCAUCAACAUUUUCAUGUAUUUAAAUGGUCGAGAGAGAGGGAAUCAUUGCUGAAAUUAGGAAGAACGCCGGGUAUUAGGAGAAUCUGAGGGAAUAACACACAAGUGAAGAUUUGUUACAUUAGGCUACAUAAAUGGGGGAUUACGGAUUUGGAGUGAUGGUUAAAAACAACGCUGCAAACAAAUCGGUUUUCCCCAUAAGAAUUCAUCCACACCUGCAGCAUACAGUCCACCACCAGACGAGCCCUCCGAGCCCACCAUCCUUCAUCGGCAACAACAACGCCACAAAUGGUGGAAGUGUGGGGUCUGCUUGGCUUUUUCCGGCUGUGACGUCUCACUCUAACAUGCAAGAUGAGAUUUUGGAGUCUGAAACGUCUAAAGCUCAGCAACAGCGUCAGGAGAGUCAAGAUGGACAAGACAAACAGAUGCUCUCUCCACCGGGAGAAACGCCCGGGAUUAUUUCUGAGUUGGACAACGCCUUGCCAGAGGAGAAUCAGCUUGAGAAAGGGACCAUGGAGAACGGCAAUGGAAAGGAGGGCCAGCGACUUGAAUCACCAGUGUUAUCAGGGUUUGACUAUCAAGAGACGUCUGGGAUCGGUACUUUAGCACAGUCCAGUAGCUCUUCGUCAUCAUCCCUUACUGGCUUCAGCAGCUGGUCCACUGCUAUCCCACCCAACCCCUCCACCUUGAUCGAAGAGGUCGGCUUUUUCAAUCCGUCUGCUACUACUAAUAAUGCUCCUCCUCCGCUCCUAUUUCAAGGUUUCUCCCAUCACGCCAGUACAGGAUUUGGGGGUAAUUUCUCCCACCAGAUGGGGCCUCUAUCUCAGCACCACCCUUCUCCUCACCCCCAUUUCCAGCACCCUCACAAUCAGCAUCACAGGUCCUCGGCCAGCCCCCACCAACCUCCCUUUUCCCAUCGUAGUGCUGCUUUCAACCAGCUGCCACAUUUGGGGAAUAACCUAAGCAAGCCUCCCUCCCCUUGGGGAAGCUAUCAGAGCCCCUCCUCCACCCCAUCUUCAACUUCCUGGAGCCCAGGUGGAGGAUAUGGAGGCUGGGGAGGCUCUCAAGGCCGGGAGUAUCGCCGGGGCCUGAACGGAGGCAUGUCGGCUCUCAACUCUAUCUCACCUUUAAAGAAACCUUUCCCCAACAACCAGACCCCUACGCAGAAAUAUUCCCGCAACAACUCCGCUUUCAACUCCAAACCAUGGAUGGAGGAUACCAUAAACCGCAAUGACAGCAUCUUUCCCUUUCAGGAGCGAAGUCGGUCUUUUGAUGGUUUCAGCAUGCAUUCUCUAGAGAACUCACUGAUUGACAUCAUGAGAGCCGAGCAGGAUUCAUUGAAAGCGAGGAAUUAUGGAAGACGACGAGGUCACUCAUCCUUGUUUCCCAUGGAGGAUGAGCGUAACUUUGGAGAGGACGAGCGGUCUGAUCAGAGCUUGAGUGGAUUGGGUUCACCACACGGUUUCCCUCACCAGAACGGCGAAUGCAUUGAGCGCUAUUCACGCAAAGUCUUUGUCGGCGGUCUACCCCCGGAUAUAGAUGAAGAUGAAAUAACUGCCAGUUUUCGACGUUUUGGACAUUUGUUUGUAGACUGGCCACAUAAAGCAGAAAGUAAAUCUUACUUUCCCCCAAAAGGGUAUGCUUUCCUUUUGUUUCAAGACGAAAGCUCUGUCCAGGCCCUGAUUGAUGCCUGUAUGGAGGAGGAUGGGAAGCUCUAUCUCUGUGUAUCCAGCCCUACAAUCAAAGACAAGCCAGUCCAGAUACGACCUUGGAAUCUAAAUGACAGUGACUUUGUGAUGGAUGGCUCUCAGCCACUUGACCCCAGGAAGACCAUUUUUGUUGGGGGUGUCCCGCGGCCUUUGAGAGCUGUGGAGCUGGCCAUGAUUAUGGACCGACUCUAUGGUGGGGUGUGCUAUGCUGGCAUUGACACUGACCCUGAGCUAAAAUAUCCUAAAGGGGCUGGACGGGUGGCCUUCUCCAAUCAGCAAAGCUACAUUGCCGCUAUCAGCGCUCGCUUUGUGCAACUGCAACAUGGAGAGAUCGAUAAACGGGUGGAAGUGAAGCCAUAUGUACUGGACGACCAGCUGUGUGAUGAGUGUCAAGGCACACGAUGUGGAGGCAAGUUCGCUCCUUUCUUCUGUGCGAACGUGACCUGUCUCCAGUACUAUUGUGAAUACUGCUGGGCAGCCAUUCACUCGCGUGCAGGACGAGAGUUUCACAAGCCUCUGGUGAAGGAGGGAGGAGAUCGGCCUCGGCACAUAUCCUUCCGCUGGAAUUGAUCUGGGAGGUCAAAGCCGUGCUAUUCGGAUACAUGCACUUUUCAUUUUGCUAGGUCCUUUUUAUUUAGAGUUCUUUUUUAAGUCUAAAAUUUUAUUUAUUCUUAAGUUUUUAAUUUUUUUUGCAGAAGAGAAUGCUAAAAGAAAAUGGUGUAAUCUUGAUUUUUGUUUAAAAGCUACAUUGGUGCGCAUGAAGACUUGAAUGCAUUAGAUUCAAAAUAUAGAUGUCUAGCCUGACUUGACUCUGAAUUACUGUUCUAUCUUUAUUGUCCUGAAUUUCUGUUCGUAAUGGGUCACAUUUUCACUUGAAUCUUUCGAAGUCCAUACGCAAGGAGAAGGCUGAAAAUGUAACGGCCAAGCCUCAUUCAUAUGACUUCAAAGACAAGGUUCACUGACUUACAAAAUGAUUGCAUGACAACAUAAAACAUCGACACAUGACUUAUAUCAGAAAACAUCGACACAUGAUUUAUACCAGAAAACCAUAGAGCAUUUUAUGAAUGAACCAUUCAUUCUGAGAUUCCUUAUCUCUUUGAAUUACAUAAAAUGGUUCUAACAUGAAACAAAUAUUUGUGAAUAGAGAAAAAAACCUCUGUAUCUAAAUCGAGGUUAUAACGCAAACAAUAUUCAGGCGCUUUAAGAUGUAGUCUUUCAAAUCUUAAAGCAUUAUUUAUAGAUUAUACACUAUAAAGCAAAGUAAUAGCUAACUUUAAUGCAACAAAGCAUAUCCACCGCAAAGACCUGAGGGGCAACGGCAAAGAAGAGUAGAAGCCCGGUAAUGCAGUUUUAAUUAUUUGUCUUGCCCGAUACACUGGUUUUAGUCAGGCAAACCAAAGAUGAUCCUUUGAGAUGUCUUUCUGUCAUAUCAAUGAGAAUGAGAAAAUGUAGAAAGCAAACAAGCUUUGCUGGCUUGGUUGACGCGGAGAAAUAUUUGAAUAUGUUCCGGUAAUGGUUAUGGCAGUAACCUAGGCUCAUUUGUCAGGGAUUUUGUGCUAAAAAGCUAACUCAAUAUUGUAGUAUUUACUAAUGAGAACAUAACGUGUUGCAUUAAUAGUGUUUUACUGCAUGGGUUUUUGCCAUGGGUUUAUUGGUGUUCUAACUGAGCGUUGCAGUAGCUGAGCACAUUUCAAAGAAUUUGAAAAAUAUUAUUUUAUACAUGGUCUGCUGAUUUUUGUACUGUGUUUUAUAGCUGAUUAUUUUGUCAUGGACUUAAAAAACAUUAUGCACUACUUUUCUAAAUAUUGUUUUUCAAAUCACUUUGUUUUCCACAAUCGGAAAAUCCUUUUGUGAUAACUUUUGUUUUCCACUUGUUGGAUAUAGAUUUUGUACCUUUUGUUACUAAGAUAUCUGGUUAUGACGUGAACAUACCUAAAGGAAACAAAAUAAUAUAAUUUUGUUGAGGCUUUUACGUGCUAAAAUCCCUAAAUUAUCAUAUAUAUAUUUAGGUGACUGUAUUGUUGAGACAGAUAUAUAAUAUUUGCAAAAUGCAAACAGUGUUCUUUUCUGUCUUAAUAGAAAACGUAACUAUUGAAUCUAGCAUGACAAAAAAUCCUUAAAAUGUGUGGCACAUGUAGAAAUGUAUACCUAUCCAGUACGUACCUAUCCGUUAUGAGAAUGAUAUACCUCCCUCAUUAUUGGCUGUAGAUCAUAAAAUAAUGAACAAUGUAAAUUAGUUAAUGUUAGGAAGCACCUUGUAUCACAGUGAUGAAUGUUCCAUGUUCAAAUAUCAAUGUUUAUGGAUAAUCCUGAGGGGCUCCAAGGGUUAUUUUAAGUAUGUAUGAGCUUAAUUAAGUUUCAAAGGUUUUAUUAUUUUGAUUUGGUUUCCGAGUAGUUUUGUUGUAGCCCUCUGUCCCAUGUUGUUGUCUGUGGAACAUUUUGCCACGCUUUUUGUGUUGGACCUUACCCAUGCACAAGCUGUGUAUACUCCAGUUUCUGUACUACAAUAAUGAAGCAUUCACGACUUGGGUGGUUGAUCAUAUAUUUAUUCAGGGUUUACUUGAACACACUUUUAAACACACAGUGAGAUUUGUGCAAUAAUUUUUUUCCAGAGACAUAAUAUAUGUGAUGUAUCCACAUAAGUGCAAAUCCAUGAAUUCCAACCUAUGUCACCUCACAAAUUUCCUUUAGCCAUUAUAAACUUCAUUCUCUGAUUUAUACAUAUGUUUAAAAAUACCACUGCAAUUACAGGUGUUUUUACUUUGAUGUACUCACAUAUUUUCCUACUUGAUUUCAUGCUACUGUGAUUACAACCUAUGUAAAUAUUAAGUGAAUAAUGUUUUAACCGUUUACUGAUAUAUUUUUAAUUGGAAUGUAAUGUCAUUUUGAUUAUAGUUUUUGAUCAGUAAAUCGGUACACUUGUUAGAUUUUCUAGUUUUAAUAAUCUCUAUAUUGUGCUUCAUGUCUACAGAAGGAUAAGAAAAAUAUCUAAAUAUUCUAUGUAACUGCUUAUUCAAAUUGACAUAGUUUAUAACUGUGUAUGGGAAGGUGUAGCCUAUUUAUCAAUAGAUUUUUAUAAGAACAAUUUUUUUGCUAAAUGUCAUUUAUAAGUUUUAAUUUUUAUAUUUUAAAUCCAUAUGGAGUUAUAUGUAAAGAAAAAAAUUAUUUUAUAGUUGGGUUAGUUCAUACAUGUGCUUUGGUAGUUCACUCUUAAUUAUUUGCAGUUGAAUAUUUAUAACAGAAUGCUUAAUUUUAAAGUAUUUGUAAUGUGAAAUGUUGAAUGAAUAAAUUUGAUUGCAGGAUA